AUGUGUGACAUCCUUUUGGAAGAGAACAUUGUUCAACUUUCAACUUAUUGCCUGGAAAUGAAUUCUUGUUCAAUUCACCAGCGCCAGGCUGCAGACUUUAUCACCCAGGCUGCUAAUAUCUCAGUCAGACUGCAGGAAGCCUUUAGAGGUCAGGACUCAACUGAUGUUCUAUUUGAACUACUGGAAUCCACCAUGUGUCAGCAGGUGCAGGGAGCUGUGUGCCAGGCGUUUGCUUCUCUGACCUCAGGAUCAGACGGACUGUUUAAGUACCUGAUGUACCCAGGACAUGGCCUUGUUCAAAAGGUUGUCUCGUUCCUGUCGAAGGCUUCAGAUCACUCAGUUUCUGAAGGAGUUCUGUCUCUUAUUGCAGCUCUUAGUCAACAUGAUAGUGGUCAUGAUGAUUUCAAGAAAGAAUCAUUAAUGGAAGCCAUUGUUAAGAAUCUCCAGAAAACUGAUUGUCCUAAGUGUAUUGCGUUUUGUGUACAGCAAUGUGACCAUUUUGCCUCAACCCGUCGUAAACACAAGACCUUCCUCAUAGAGCACCACAUGAUAACCAUUCUCAACAGAAUCUUAGACCUAGAGAUGCCUCCUGCAACAAAACAGCUUUGUAAAGACCUUAAGACUUCCCUUGAUUUUAAGGUCCCUUCUGAGCCGAUCAGAGGGCUUCUCUUGAAACCAGGAAUGCAACAUAUGGGUCCUAUGUCAGACAGUUUGGUUGCUCCGGAGGUCCGCUGGAAUCAAAACUCUUUCGUAAUGUUGCUGGUGAUAAAGGUGUGUGAUGUCAACCCUGCAGCCCAUGACCUUGUCACCUUCACUGAGGAUACGGUCUCAUUCAGGGCCCUAUCCAGGGGUGUCAACUACGGGUUCACCUACCGGUUGUAUGACCGAGUGUGUGUUGAAAAGUGUACGUGGCAUGUUAAACAACGGGAGGUCCUUGUGUCACUCAAGAAACAGGAAAAGGGCAUGUGGAGUCGACCUCUUCAUGACAAGAUCAAGCAUGGAAAUGUGGUGGCCGAUUGCGAGCAUAUUAUGGACAGCUCUGACUCAGAGGUGGAAGAUGAUCAGAGACCCUUCCUUCUUACAAAGGGAAAGAAGAAAAAAGCCAUGUUCCGAGGGAUGAAGCAGUCAACAGUUCAGGUUGGAGAACCCGAGGAUACGGAAACGGACACAAGCGACAGCCUCGAAAACAUGGAUGACUUUGAUAACCGCACUGACUACGAUUUUAACAGCAUUGCCUACCAAAACCCAAUUUAAAAAAAUGAAUGACUUUGACAAGUACACUGACGUCACAACCUAGCUGAGACUGAAAGUGAUUGUGGAUCGAGAUUUGGUGGGAAAAACCAAUGGCCAAUCUGACAAAUUGCCAAACAGGCAUUAUCACCAACUUCUCUGUGACAGAACGUGAUUGUAAAGGUGGUUCGUAUUGAUUUACUCUAAUGCUCCAACCAUAGACGUUUUCAUAAAUGGGCCAUCAAUCUGAUUUAAGGUUAAAGCAGGGAACAUUAUUUCCGCCAAUGAGAUGUUAUAGUAAUUUUUAAAACCAUGCUCAUAAUGGCAAUUGCCUCAUGCGUGGCUAGUUCCAUUGUUCUGGUAAAAAGGUUGAGUGGUAAUCGUGCUAUUCAUAAUUUCUUUGGUUGUAAAAGCAUUAACCAUAGUUAAGACUAAUGCCUACUGCUUACAUCUUUUGUGCUCGUUUGUUUAUUUUCAUGGUUUUGAAGUAUUGAGUUUGCGUGCUAACAAAAUUGCACUGAUAUUAUAUUAUUGACCUUUCAAGAUUAUCAAAUGAAACCUGAAUAAGUGUUGCCAAAAACAAUACCCACAUGUACAGCAAUGCCUUUAACUCUGGCUUUCACAAUUUUAUUUUAUGUCCCCUUUUCGCCGUAAGUUUGUACAAUGAUCUGUAAAAUCACAGGAUAGCUUUGAAAAUCAUGUCGGUAAUUGUUUUUGUGAUAACUAACAAACAAUGUUCGUUUUCAGGCAGUUGUUUUAGCCAGGUUUAGGAAUAGGUAUUUGAAAACUUUUUUCUUAGUAAAUAUUUUUCUCAUCCUGUGGAGUUUUUUUUUCGUGGUCAAUGAUACACUGAAAUGUUUGUACAAUAGUGUUUUUUUCUCAACUGUAAAUAUUGUAUUGGCCUGUGUCAGGUCCUAAUCCUGAAGCGGGAUCAAAAGGGACAUAGUUGUUCUGAACAUAAAAAAUGUUUCGACAUAAUAUCUGAUCAAGUAUAUAUCCUUGGAAGUGAUCGCAUCGCUUACCUAUCGGGAAUUCUCCGUCCUAAGUUGCAAUUUUUUUGCAGGUGGCUAGGGGACCUCAGGACGCAAAAUAUUAAAGAUCCUAUUUAUACAAAUGAAUAAACAAUUGUAUUGAGAAGUAAAGUAAAUUAUUUUACAUUAACAAUGCUUGAAACAAAUAUGCAAUAAAAAUGAUGGAAUCAUUGACUCUAAAAUCGAAACUGACACUUUUCUUUAACAAUGAGCCCAGGAUUUGUUCAUCAACCUGUUUGAAGUUUUUUCUUGUCAUUUUUCAUAAAAAACGUAAUUGAUUUUCAUUUUCAUUUUUCUUUAUACAUUUUGCAACGGAAUUGUUUUACGUUUUUAU